AUGCCGGCCUUUAAUCUCGCGACCUGCGCGCGGCCCAACAUUCUCGCUCUGGAGCCGUACCGUUGCGCCAGAGACGACUACAAGGACGACGGCACCAACAUCCUCCUCGACGCCAACGAAAAUGCCUUUGGCCCAUCCCUGCCGCCCGCCAUCUCUUCCUCGUCCUCGUCGUCGAUCGACUGGCUCGGCCUCCACCGCUACCCCGACCCCCACCAGCGCGACCUCAAGCAGCUCCUGUGCUCACUGCGCAACACCCACGCCCACACGCCCAAGACGCUGACGCCCGACCACCUCUUUGUCGGCGUCGGCUCCGACGAGGCUAUUGACGCGCUGCUGCGUUGCUUCUGCGUGCCCGGCCGCGACCGCAUCCUCACCUGCCCGCCCACCUACGGCAUGUACUCGGUCUCGGCGCAGGUCAACGACGUGGCCCUCGUCAAGGUGCCGCUGCGGCCCGCGCCGAGCUUCGCCCUCGACGUCCCCAGCAUCAGCGACGUCCUCUCCGCGCCGGGCAGCGAGACCAUCAAGCUCGCGUACUUUUGCUCGCCGGGCAACCCGACCGGCGCGCUGCUCAGCAAGGCGGAUGUCGAAAAGAUCCUCGCGCACCCGACGUGGAACGGCGUCGUCGUCGUCGACGAGGCCUACGUCGACUUUGCCCCCGACGACGCAUCCCUUGCCGAGCUCGUCGCCGAGUACCCCAACCUCGUCGUCAUGCAGACCCUCUCCAAGGCGUUUGGCAUGGCCGGCAUCCGCCUCGGGGCCGCCUUUACCUCGCCCGAGAUUGCGCAGGUCCUCAACAACCUCAAGGCCCCGUACAACAUCUCUAGCCCGACCAGCGCGCUGGCGUCGGCGGCAGUCGGCGCCGAGGGGCUGGCCGUCAUGCGGACGAACCGUGCCAACAUCGUGGCGCAGCGCGACCGCCUGGUGCGGGAGCUGCCCACCAUCCCCGGCGUCGGCAGGCUGCGUGGCGGCACCGAGAGCAACUUUUUGCUGUAUGAGAUGCUCAAUGCCGCGGGCGAGCCGGACAACGAGGUAGCGCACAAGGUCUACUCGGUGCUGGCGGAAAACCAGGGCGUCGUCGUUCGCUUCCGCGGCAAGGAGCACGGCUGCCUGGGCUGCCUGCGCAUUACUGUUGGAACAGAAGAGGAGGUUACUCGUUUUCUCUCUUCACUGAAAAAUGUAUUAGCGAAAACUAGAGGCCAAUGA